CGGGGUGGAGAGCUGGACAUCCGGCUUGAGAGCAGGCACCUUCGUUUCACGCGCAACCAAAGAGCGAUUUAAAAAUGGGUGAAGUUGAGAAGGGCAAGAAGAUUUUUGUUCAGAAGUGUGCCCAGUGCCAUACUGUGGAAAAGGGAGGCAAGCACAAGACUGGACCAAAUCUCCAUGGUUUAUUUGGGCGAAAAACAGGUCAAGCCCCUGGGUUGUCUUACACGGAUGACAACAAGAACAAAGGCAUCACCUGGGGAGAGGAGACAUUGAUGGAGUAUUUGGAGAAUCCCAAGAAGUACGUCCCUGGAACAAAAAUGAUCUUCGCUGGCAUUAAGAAGGCAGGGGAAAGAGCGGACUUGAUAGCUUAUCUCAAAAAAGCUACUAAGGAGUAAUAGUUGGCCGUUGCCUUAUUUAUUACAAAACAAAAAUGUCUCAUGACUUUUUUAACGUGUACCAUGUU